AUUUAUCCACUCACUCAGUCAGUCAGUCAGUCAGUCAGUGGGGGGUCUGAUGGAUGGAUAAUGAGUGUGGUGAUGAUCCGCGCUUCAGGGUUCGGGCUUCAUCUGAAUCAAUAAUCUGAUCACAGCAGCGCUUCACUUCCACCAGCAACAAAGAGAGAGUACAUGCAGAAGAUGAGCGCUGAAAAGCCGCCGCUGCCGGAGGAUGGAGUGGAGCCGGAGACGGGGCCGGUGGCGGUCCCUGACGCCGGGUCGGACGGAGCCAGAGACGGGUGGGACAGUAAGGUGGAGUAUUUUCUGGCCCAGGUGGGCUUCAGUGUGGGACUGGGGAACGUGUGGAGGUUCCCCUACCUGUGCCAUCAGAACGGAGGAGGAGCGUUCCUGCUGCUCUACGUGGUGCUGAUGGUGGUGGUGGGCGUGCCCCUCUUCUUCCUGGAGUUGGCAGCCGGGCAGAAGAUCCGGCAGGGCAGCAUCGGCGUCUGGAGGCACAUCUCACCCAAACUGGUCGGGAUCGGCUACUCCAGCUGUGUGGUGUGUUUUUUCGUGGCGCUGUACUACAACGUGAUCAUUGGCUGGAGUCUGUUCUACCUCUUUAACUCCUUCCAGAACCCGUUACCGUGGGAGACGUGUCCUGAGGAGAGGAACAUCACCGUCGCAGAGUGUACCGCGAGUUCUCCCACCUCGUACUUCUGGUUCCGUAGAGCUUUAGAUAUAACCGACUCCAUCGAUCAGACGGGAGAGUUUAACCUGAUCAUCACCGGCUGUCUCGCCCUGGCGUGGACUAUCGUCUGUGUGGCCAUGUUCAAGGGUAUCAAGUCCUCCGGGAAGGUGAUGUACUUCUCCUCGGUGUUCCCGUACGUGGUCCUGCUGUGUUUCCUGGUUCGGGGUCUCAUGCUGGACGGGGCAGCUGAGGGUCUGAAGUACAUGUUCUACCCCCGGUUGAAGUUUUGGGCGGACGUGCAGGUGUGGCGUCAGGCCUUCACUCAGGUGUUCUUCGCUCUGGGUUUGGGUUUCGGCUCCAUCAUCGCGUACUCCUCCUACAACCAGCGCCAUAACAACUGUCACCGUGACGCCAUCACCGUCUCCACCGUCAACUUCCUCACCUCCAUCCUGGCCUCGCUCGUCGUCUUCUCCGUCCUGGGCUUCAGGGCCAAGACCUACACCAAGGAGUGUGUUCAGCAGAAUCUGAUGGCGUUAUCCAGGUUCUCCGUUCCACUUCCGCCAUCCUUCAACGCGUCGGAUGUGGAGUCGGUUACCGUGGAGAUGUAUGAACAGUGGUACCAUCUCCAAGGGAAACAUCUGAUCAUCCCCGAGCACAACAUCAGCGCCUGCAGCCUGGAGGACGUCAUGAAGAAGGGCGUGGAGGGCACAGGUCUGGCCUUUAUAGCCUUCACUGAAGCCAUGACUCUGUUCCCGGCGAGUCCCUUCUGGUCGGCUCUGUUCUUCCUCAUGCUGCUCAACCUGGGACUGUCCACCAUGUUCGGGACCAUGGAGGGAAUCCUCACACCCCUCACAGAUACCUUCAAGGUCCUGAGGAGGCACAAGAUCAUCUUCACAGUGUGUAGCUGUGUGUUGGCGUUCCUGAUCGGGUUGAUCUUCACACAGCGCUGUGGGAACUACUUCGUCCUGAUGUUUGAUGAUUACUCCGCCACGCUCCCCCUCAUCAUCGUCGUCGUCUUCCAGACCGUCGCCAUCGCCUGGAUCUACGGAGCAGAAAGGUUCCUGCAGGACAUCACAGAGAUGUUGGGUCGCCCCGUGUGUGUCCUGUAUAAGUAUUUAUGGAAGUACGUGUGUUUGGUAGCCAUGCUGAGUCUGCUAGCGGCUAGCAUAGUGGACAUGUGUGUUAAACGCCCACAGUACACCGCCUGGAACAGAGAAACGGCGUCGGAGGUGAAGCUGCCGUAUCCUGAUUGGGCGCUGGCCGUCCUAUCGUGUCUCAUCGUCAUUGCGGUGCUCCCCGUCCCUCUGGGAUACGCCCACUCGGUGCUGCGGAGUCGAUUCAGCCAAUCCGCCCACAACGCAGAGGCGGGGUACGCCCCCUGCAGCAUGACGGACACCGACCCCGCCCCCUCCGCCACGCCUCUGACCGACCACCCGCUUCCCGAAUCCGUGUUGGCCGAGGAGAACUGCAGGCUCCUCCCACAGGGAGCGGAGCCGGAGGGGGAGGAGUCGACCGCAGUGUGAGAGGUUACAUACUGACGUUACUGAGGACUGCUAAUGCGCCGCUGCUGCUGUGAACUCCACACAAACUCUGUUUGAUUAGAAUUUUAGGAUGAAGAGUUUUCUGACCUGACUGGUGCUAAACCAGGUGAGAUCCUCGACCUUUCACCUUCACGUUUACACCUGACGUUGAUGCACCUGCUGAAGACGCUGACCGUUAAUUCUAUUUUCUUUAAUUAUUUCCGCUAUUUUAGAGAGUAAUUCUAUUGUGUUUAAUUCUAUUUUUGUUUUCGAUUUUCCUGCUGGAGCGAGGAAGUCUUGAAGUCUGUGGACAAAAGUAUCGGGACACCUCGUCUAAUUACUGAAUUCAUUUUGUUAUCGUUGAUAUAAGGGAAACUACAUGCUUCAGACUUUACGGCAACAGUUUAGGGAAGGUCCUUUCCUCAUCCAGCAUGAAGAAAAGCUCAAGUGUCCCUCACAGCUCUGGGAUGAACCAGAACUCUUGCGAGAAGCUUCUCAGAAGAGCGGCCAUUGUUCUAGCCGAGAAGAUCACAGUCAGGUGUCCGGAUAUUUUUGGCUCUAUUGUGUAUCUUGAUGUUUUAAUCAUAAUAACUGAACAGUUAAGCACAUCGUUCACUGUCACCUCUAAACGUGCUCUAAAUGUAAGGGAAACAGCUAUGUCUAAAAUUGGGGGGCAUGGGUGUGUUCCUCCACCCAGGAGAACGGAAAAGAAACAUCACCAGGUCACUUCUAGAACUUCUGACCUGCAACUCAACCAGACCUUCCAAUCCAAGAAGAAACCAGCAGCUCUGCCGUCGUUUUACCGUCUCGUACCUGCAGGGGGAGAUGUGGAGUAAACUUGAGAUCAGAUUUCUUUGUUUUUUUGUAUAUUAAGGAUCUUACUUGAACCUUGAACCUUGUGCACUGCUCUGGAGCGGUUCUGUGAUCUGUUACGGUGCUGGAUCGGCACUAGUUUGGAAUUUCACUGUGUUACACAGUUCAGUGUCAGUUCAGGUACACAAACACUAGGUGGCGGUAAAUCCCAACUUUUUUUAUUUGUAUUAUUGUUUAAUAUUGUAAAUUUUUUAUUUUUUUUUGCUCUUAGACCCCUCAGUGUUAAAAAAAAUUUUUGGGACCCCCUUGACCCCCUCGGGUCAUCUGGAAAUUUGAUGAAUCCAUGAUGAAGGUAUAAAUCUUCAUAUUGACAUUUUCUGCAUUUAGUGGACGCUUUUAUCCAAAGUGACUUACAGCAGUGUGACAGUAUACUGUCUAAGCAAUUGAGGGUUAAGGGCCUCGCUCAAGGGCCCAACUGUGACAACAGGGCAGUAGUGGGGCUUGAACCAGCGACCUUUUGAUUACUGGUCCAGUGCCUUAACCGCUAGGCUGCAACUGCCCAGUAUUUUCUGAUUUUGGUUAAUUGUGGGUUUAUAUCUGGUGAGCGGAUGGUAGGAGCUUCAUCACCUGGAUCUGCUUCAGUGGGAUCUGAAUCAACAACUGAAUUAGAACCAUUCGUAGUUCCCAUACGUAGAUCUUUGCACUUUUGAUGUGUCCAAUGUCGAAGUCUCAACAUAGAUUUGUGACCUCACAAGAUCUCACGUAUGCUAAUAGCUGAUUGAUUUUCCCGUCCAAUCACGUGUAGGACCCCCAUCUGGGCUCACCGAGGCCCCCUAGUGGGGCACAGCUUCACGGUUUGGUUGUUUGUUGAGUUACUUUUGGCUGUGGUCGAUACUGCAUUAGGUCACGUUAGUGUUACUGAUGGAGUUUAGUUAAAAGAGCAUAUGCAAGAUUGAGUCUCACAGUUGACGUUCCAGUUCAGCCUAAAGGUGUUUAGGUGAGGCUGAGGUCGUAUCUCUGUGCAGGUCACUGCAGGGCAUUCCCUAAACUGUUCCUACAGCGACGGGUGUGGUUGAAUCACCUGAUCCUAACAAUCAGGAGGCGUGUCCACACUCUUUUGGUCCUGUAUUGUAUGUUACACUUUUCCAGUCGUCUACAGUCCAGUCACAGGUCAGAUUAUAUCAGAAUAAAGACGAUUAGCUCGUGAUCUUAGCAUUUAAAUGAAGCUAAAUGUAAUUAUAGACGCGCAGUGGUUCUGUUUAAGGCUAAUAAAGUACAGGGUGAGGUGCGACACCUGCUGGUGAAACUGUGGAACUGCAUCUAGGGGAAAUUCUAUUGUAAUAAUUUAUACUAGAAUUUUAUUUCUUAGAGCGGGAACAGUAACAUCAAGCACAAAAAUAGUCGUUACAACAUUAGAAUUAAAAAAUGAAGUUUAAAAAUAGAGUAGAAUUAAAAGCCUUUAUAUGUUUGUCUACACGUGUUUAGUACAGUAGAAUUAUUUUGCGUCUAUCGCAGCUCCUUCGGAAGCUGGGUUCAGGGUUAAGGGCUUCGUUUAAGGGCCCAACAGUGGCUGCCAGGCAGAGCUGGGAUUCAAACCCACAACCUUUCGAUUGCCAGCCCGAACCCACUAGUACUCGGUUUCUCUGUGCGUUCUGGCGACCUCUGCUGGUUAUUUAAUGAGAGUCACAGACUAGCACACGCCUCUUCCUUCAUGUAAGGACUCCAGGAGGAACACACUGCUCUCUCUUUGUAUUCCUCCACCCCUCAUGUCGGUGCCUCAGCCAGACUGUAGGAGGCGCUGUUGCACCGUUCGGUCUUCCUUUCUUCUGACACAGCCAGCCGUGCCUGUUGUGCCCGGACAGACGGGUGUUUUAUACCUUAGAACUCACCGUGUGCCAAAUCUGAGCCGAGUUCUCUCACAGGGGGCAGAUUUUAAACUUUUAUUAUUAUUUUGAUGAUGUGGAGGUUUGUAUAAAAAUAAAAGUGUAAGAUUUUAAAUGUUUA